AACAGUAUGGAAAUAUGCCUCUGUUGCAGAUGAUUUGUGCUUUCCAAUCGGAUUGAUCACCCCAAUGGAAACUGGACAGAAAAGCUACGUGACUGUUUCUCGUUUGGGGUGCUUGUUGCAAGGACUCAGGUACAUGGAGGGUCGCGCAGUGAGUUGGAUGAGCAGCCGCAGCUAGACUUCUUCAUGGUCUUCAUGGAGCAAUUGCCGGAGGCUCAUCAAAUUAUCAUCAACUAAACGACGCUACGAAAUGAAACAGCUGUCGAUCUUUCUUCACUUGAUUGUUCCAAAAUUUUGCGGCGAUCUGGAGACGGUCAACCAGUUGGACAGUGCAGGCUACUGGGGGUACACGUACGAGGAGCAUGUGACCUCUUGACUUACGGAGUGUCGAACGCCAUAUCAUAUCCUACACUAAAGUUUGGAGUCCACCACUGUUUCGAUGGCAAGUCUGUCACUAUGGUUCGAUGGGAGACCUCUGUGCCGGAUUCCGGUCCCGAAAAACGAUACGUGAGCGUGCAGUCCACAGUGCUGCAGCCGACGCAGCAGGAGCAUUUCCGUCGAAUAAUUACUCCGGAGUAUGGGAGGUCCAUCAGUGGUUCUCCAGUGGACCCGUCGACUGAUGUAACAUCACUCGACCACAACCAGAGUGUGUCGUUUGCAGUUAUCAAACCUUCGCCCAAAUUCUUUCUGCAGGGCGCGGGUAUAAUCCCGACCACUCCAACUUACAUCCUCCAGAAAAAGAAUUCCACCUGUGGGCAGAUUGUUGGAGACAUCACAGAAAAGGCGCUAGUAACAAAGCCUGACAAGUUCCGCUCUUCAUACUGCGCCUCAUCAAGGUCGUCUCAUGGAUCGAUCGAUCCAUCCUCGCCUCCGCACAAGGACGCCGAAAAUAUUGCCACAGGAACGGUGCAGGCUACCAUCGGAGUGUCUUCGGUUCAGCCGUCUUCUUGCCAGACUGCCACCGUGCUGCCUGUUUCAUCCAGUAGCUCGAAUAAUCCUGCAACAUUUGAGGACAGGGAUCUUGUCGCUGUCGACCGUAUUCGUCUGCCUGUUCAUGAGAACCGCCCCUCGUUACCUUGCACGUCGUCCGUGUCCCCACCUCCAUCUUCGUUUCCCUCCGGUAAGGCGCAGAGCAUCCCUGAACCUUCUCCACCAGACUUGGCCACCGUACUCUACAUGUCAUCACUACGCGCGAAAGGGGAGGAAGCGCAAAAGACCUGUGGUCAGGGAGAAAUCAAAACCAAAGCAGGGCGUAUGGAGGGUGGAGCAAACUCCCCUAUAUCAAUUUCGCCAGCAGCCAAAGACGCACGAAUUACGGUCCCCGAGACUUCACAAGCCUCAGAUUUGUUCCCACUACAAACUUCCGGCGUCGAUGCAAAGAAAGAGGGUCAUCGGAAGCCCAUGUGCCAAGAAAAAGAUGGGGCGCAUCUUUCGUUGGAAACAGCCCAUAGAUUGGAAUCUGUCUGUUUUGUGCCGAACAUGAAAACUGAGGUAGAUUCGAAGGCCAGGAGCGACGAUACCAAACAACGUAGGAAUAAAAUAAUGUCGGAUGCACUUCAUCGAGGUCCAUCAGGAAUUCAACCAGUUACAAGCACUGCAUCUGGGCGUGUGCACUGCCGGGACUUAUACAAUCGCUUGAACUCUAUGUUAUCGGAAGGCUUCAACAGUGUGCCCAGUGACGCCUCCCAUGUGAAUCCUCCCGUUAUGUCGACAAAAGAAACUGAAGCAGAGCGCUCUUCUUCGUCAUCUGAACCAACCAGCAUUUGCGUCGAAGGCAGUGGAUCAUCUCCUUCGACACCAGCCCUCCCGGAGGAAAGCGGUACAAAAUGCUCCGAAAUCUCUUCGUGUCCUCAAGCUCACCAAGACGCAGCUGUGACAGGAAAGGAGAACGUUCGGGUGCCCUCGGCUGUAGUCCCUGAGCAAAUAGAGAAUUGGGAAGCUCGAAGGAAUUUUUGUUGGGCAAACUUUGAUGCCUUUCGUCCGCGUCCGUUUAGAGAGCGUACUGACGGAGAUGCAUCGGAAGGAAACAAGCUGGUGGGAUUGGAAGCCGGUAGUAUGUCAGCGGCGAUACAAGGGCCGAACGGGCGCCGCAGUUUUGCCUUAGAGAAGCAUCCAACAAUGCCAGCUUGUGUGAGCGGCACCUCCAGAAAAUCAGCUUCGCCAGCCCCAAUCGGCGUGAAAGCAGAGCCAAAGGGCACUGUUAUCCCGCGACCACCGCUUGAAACUACCGCACGAAUUGCAAGCAGUACCAGGGGUACCUCCCAAGGUGCCAACUCCUGUCACUUUGGUACUUCUCUUGGGGCAUGUCAGGCCAAAAACUGCGAAAAAUGUGAUUUUGAAAAUGGCGGCACCACAGAUCAAUCAGCAGUUGGCUGCCGUCAAAGAGCCGCCUGUGAGUACAAAGUGCAGCAGGAGCAACGAAAAACGCCAUCAACCGAAGGUUCUGACAGAACGAUCCUUAGUUUAUCCCCACAGUCGAGGACUGAAUACGAUGCCAGCAAGCUUUCAACGCUUAACAUUCCUGCCCCUAUCCAAGGCUGCAGACCAUUCGAUUCUUUGGAGGACCAUUCGUGUCCGAAAUUGCCAGUCACGCGGCCCUGUCCUAGUCUUUCGGAGAUAGGAGACCGACUGGCCUCCCCUCGUGUGCAGCUCUCCCAUGAAGCCCAUUUGACCGGCACCACAAACCUUUCUGGAGAAGUAGUUUCGCAUGUUCACCACUUUCCUUCGAGAAAGCAUGGACAUCGCCCACAGCACGGGACGGUAGUGAGACAGGUGCCGGUUGCACCACUCUUGAGAACAAAUAUGGUCAGUCUUCCUCUGUACCAAGACCCGCCUACCCUGAUGGAAUGCACUCAGGUCAUGUCACGGGAGGUUGAACAGCAACACCAAGUCCUCGAGGCGAAGCGGAACAAAUGCCUGGGCAGAAAGGAGGCACAACACGAACAAACGCCUGCGCACGUGAAAAUGACUCACGUCCAAGCGACCCCUGCGUGUCGGCCAAAGAGUAGCAAUCAGUGUGUGUCGGAAGAGUUGGGUGAUAUAUUGUUAGAUCAUCAGCAUCAGGGGACUCCAGAGCUCCUUCCAGGGGGUGUCGAAGAAAAAACACGGUCGUGUUGCGCGGCUCAACAAUGCGCUAGUCGUGGCCUGGACCAGGUGCGGGCAGGGUGCGAAAUGCGUAGUACCUCGUUAGGUGAUACUAAUGGUGUUGAAGAGGUGGGAAUUCCCACUUCCGCCACUCCUGAGUUAACAGUUCACAUCCCCGCAAGACCACAGGGGACAGCGACCCUUGGUAGUCUUCAUGAAGAUGUUAAACACAGUGCUGCUGCUCAACUAGAAGUGAAAGAUGCGAGCUCGCCUUCACUGAUGUCAGCAGUGUCAAAUUUGGGAGGGCACAGCGUCUCGCGUCCCGAAACGGCAGUCGGCAACGUCAAAGAAGAAAAGUAUAGUUAUUCCGUUCCGGAACCUCCUGCCCCUCUGUUACCGGCCCCCAUGCCUCACGAUCCAUCAAUGCCAGAUAUAUCAGCAGAUUCUCCGGCAACUGCAGGCGUAUGCGUCUCCGUUCUUCGAACGAGUUCUCAUUCAAUACCUGAGCAAAAGCCUUCGCCAAAGAGCUUAGCCUCGCCUUCUGCGGAGCUCCCGUUGGCGUGCUUUUCAGAGUGUGCUGCGAGUGUGCCGGCACAACGCGACUUAGGGUCUGCGCCGUGCGACUCUUCGUUGCUAAAAGAGGUGUCGCGGCUGCGUUCAUCCGGAAAAACACCCGACAUUGCAUUACAGAAGCAUGCUGCUUGUGGAGCCGCUCAGCGACAAGUGUGUGAAGCUCCGAGGGAGGUUGAACCUCAUGUUUCGUGCAUGUCUUCACCGCAUGAUACGGAGAGACGCUGUCGACCGGGAACGUCCCUAAGUGACUGGCUGUCCCGGCUGCCCAUUUCAGAAGAAGACGUUGAGUGGAUAACAUCAAACGUGGAUGACUUCAUCCGGCGGAAGAAUUCACGACAGCACGCAGUCCCUCUCCCUUCAGAUACGCCAGCAAGUCCACGAUGCACCACUGAGGCUUUUCCAGAUAGUGGGGAAGAUCGACAAGAAAGGUGUGGUUUGAUCGCAGAGGACCUGGACCUGCAUCUGGUGGAAGCUGACGUAUCUAGGCAGCGGUGGAUUAACCAUGGCAGCGUUGCUCACAGUGAACGGCAGGAAUCGGAGAGGCAAAAAGAUAUGGUUCAGUUGGUCACUGAUGCCGUUUGCAUCUUUUGCACGAUGCACGGUGCUUGUUACUGGCAAGGUAUGCAUGACUUGUGCGCCGCCUUCCUCUUCCUCUCUCCGAGACCAUCCUUAUCUCAGUUAGUCCAACUUCUACACGCUUUUCUUCUCCUCUUCGCGCCGUGGCUGCUUCUGCCACCCCAGGAGUCAAUCGUGCAGUCCGCAAAUGCAGCGCGACUCUUCAGGCAGUUCUUGCAGUUUUUCUCGCCGGGUGUAACCAACGAGGUCGAACGCCUCAUUCCUUCCAUUACGUGGAGCCAAUCAAUACUAAUUCAUACGCUAGGUUUUUCGCGAUUCAGGGACGUGCAAUCGCUGCUAAGCAUGUGGCGUUGUCUUUUAGAGCUUCGCGCUCCGGAGGACUAUGCACCUUCAGGAUAUUUCUUCUUUCUUCUCGCAUACUUCGAACUACAUAAAGAGGAGCUGCGCAUCUUUCCAGAGCUUAUUAUCAACAGCGAUGUUCCGUUUGACCACUCAUCUUUCUCCCAAACGCGCUGUCCUGCAUGCCAUGGAGCAGACACGUCCUCUCUCAUCGACAUGCCUGCACGAGGCGACGAGUCUUUCACGUCCCUAGUUUGGCAACGCCCAUUCCCUCUUCGUCACAUAUUGCACUGCAUGCUCAAGCUGUACUCAUUGACACCACCCGCUGCUUUGCUUGACCUUCAGUCUUUACUUGCUACAUGUUCCUCCUUGGCUCAGUCCUCGGUACAAAGACGCCGUAUUCUUCGUGCCUAUCCCUGGUCUACGUCACCUCUGCUUCUUGAACGCCCUCGUGGAAACAGAAUCGUAUGCAGCGCUGCACAGUUUGCUCAGCCUACAGGUGACUCCAAACGCGCUCUGCCGAUUGAACCUGAGGCAGGAGUUGGCAGAGAUGAAAACAUUGCAAGGACAACGAGCCGCUUGUCGAGUUUGCAAAGUUCUCUUUGCUUGUCUCUGAAUCCUGGUGACCUCCUAGCCGAACUCCGUAAUCCGCUCGUCUUUCAGCGCCCAUCGUUUCUCAAUUCGGGCUUAUCUGAGUGGCUAGCGGCUCCAAUGUCUUGCGAGCUCCAGUCAUUGCGUGAUGAACACUGCUUCGAGGAACUUCUCUCUCGUAUUCGAGGCAAGAUGAACGUUAUUUCCCCUUAUCAAGCUUCUACAUGCCUUUCUCUGUUGGCGACGAUGUCACCUCAAGAAUCUCCAUCACGGUUGAACGAUUCUCCUUCGCGGUUUGCAUGUGACAAAAACGGCACUUCGCCACUGAAACCGCGUGAUAUCACUGUGGUAGGACCUUCCUCCCAAGAAGCGCCUGGGAGCCAGCAAGCACAUCUAGACGGACCCACUGACACCACUACUGGCGGAACUGUGGUUACUUUCGCUUCUGGACAGCGGACUAAGGACAUCUGGACAUCAGAGCUGAUCGAAGUUCAUUUUGUGGAUCUACGAUCAACCGAGGCACGUCAGCGUGGUCCAACACUCGAGAAACUCCUAGGACUGAAGCCAGGUCGAUUGCCUGGAGGUGCUAAAUACCGUGUGGUGUCUGUCGCAACCUCAUCUAGCUUCCAGGAAGCUACGUGUAGCAGGGACUGCGGAAACAGCGUUGUGGAUUCGCCAGGCGGACGCGAGUCUUUGGCAGUUCGAACGAGCAGGGUAACGAGGUCUAUUGAAGGUGAAAGCAGGCCUGAAACACGCAGCACUUCGACACGCUCUCGUCGGCCACCAAGAGAUUCCCUCGUCCGGGGUAUGCAUACGAUGCGCCGUCACCGUGGCCGGGCACCACUCGUUACUGGAGGUGCCUGUCACGCCAGAGAACAGUCGGCAAUUGCCUCUGGGAAGACCAGGCAGUCAACCUACGAGGGAGAGAGGACAACUCAAUCACAGCUCCUGUCCCCCCGUAAUGUCCUGGUGGCAGGCCGGGGAGCGUGGCUCAUGCGUAGGCGCAGCAAACAAGGAAUCAGUCGAAAGGGAGCAUCUGGAAAGCUCGCUACUGACGAGGAUUUGGCGCGAACGGAUAGAAGUGGUGUCCAAGCACGCGACGGAGAAGCACCGAACAAAAACUGUCUCAGCUUGGACGAGCUCAUCGAUAACAUUCGAAGCAUGAACAACAAUGCACCAAACGUCAUGCGCAUUUGGCUCCUCAUUCCGCAUGCGGACUCAGUGAACGAGUCCCUUCUGGAAGAAGGCCUGCUCCACCCAGAAGCUUCACGGUCGGAAAUGUCGGCUCUUCAAGAAGCUUAUUUUCGAUUGACCUGUGCCGGAAUUGAAGGCGUUCUCGCUCUCAAUGGAGGUUUCGCGGCUCUGGAACGGGCAAUGGAACUUGCGGUGGCCUCCAAUCGAUACACCUCAAUGGAUGUGGCAUGUGUAAACUUAUCGACACCAUCAGUGUCCAUCUCCGACUCAGCAGGUCCUUCAGGGGCAAGUGAUUUGUCCCCUCAGCAUCUUACGGAUAACGUCGGAAACGGAACCCCUGCUGGACGCCAUCAAGCCCGUCGGUCGGCUGAGAAAUUAGAAGUGUCUGCACAGACAAAGAGCCAAGGCGAAGAUCUUUUUCUGGUGCUCCCGCGAAUCCAGAGGCUUCAGCGGCGACGACGCAAGAUCCGUUCCUAUGCGACUCAGCCACAAGCGAGAGUGGACGCAGAUACAUGCCUUCCAAACACGCCAACGUCCGCGCUUCGAGGCGUCGGCCAGGCCAUUGCAACAUGGCUGUUUCCGACGAGGGAUGCCUCAGGAACGGUGGGUAACCAUGAAAGCCAAGGGGAAACCUAUCUGCAAGUAUCCGGUGAACGACAUUCUCUGCAGGCAACAGGCAUUAUCAAGGUGAUGGCAUCCUCACAGAAGCGAAAGGUGCACGAAAACAUGCCUCCUUCGAAUUCAUCCAGCGUAUUCUGGUCCAAUGGUGAAACAUCAUGUACCGGAAAUACUUCCUCAAAGCAGUCGAGGACAGUUCGGAAGGCGACUCACGUCCCAGAAGAAACGAGUCCCAAUUUUCCUCGUGCCGCUGGCAGUGGCCACCCCGUGGCUCUAUCCCUUCGCCGACCACACUCACAACCGCUGGCGAAAAUCUCAGUUGACAAGUGCGUCGAUGUAGCCUCUAGGACCACCUUUCCUGCGUCAACUUGCUCUGGUCUUGGCAGGCCUCUCAAUCGACUUGUGUCACCUAUACAGCUUGGUGACCAAGGUCUGGUACAGAUGCAAAAGGUGGUCCUGUCAGGAAGCUUCUCCCGUGUCACCCACUCUGGCUCGUUGUUGGCUGGCAGCAGACAAAUGACAGCAGUCCCUGCAAAUAUUGUUAGUACAAGGAAAGCUCUCUGCCGCCCUGGCUUGGACAGUGUCGCCAGCGGGAUGGGAUCACCUUGACGAAGGAACGUUCAACGGUAGUCAGUAAGUCCUAUCCCGCAAAGAUUCUAGCUGCUUCCCUCCUGGACGUCGCCACACGCAACGGCUAGAUCUAAACCCGCAAGUCACUCAAGGUCAGAGUACCACCACUGGAACAGAUGUCGGCCGCAACGUUGAUUCGACACUACCAGAAUCAAAAUUUGCCCAGCAUGUGUCGUACAGAUAUAGAACUAUCGGUUCUUGUGGACAAAAAAGCGCUGGCCAACAUACUGUAGAGUUUCACUGCCCCUUACUGGUGCAGCCCUGGCCAAAGAUUCGUGACCCACUCCUGGCGAA